CUGAGAGGGAGAUUCAUCGAGAGGCUGUUCGGUGUGGGCGAGCGAACUACCCUGGUGUGAAAGACAGGCCCAGAUCAAUUCUACUCUUUGUUCAGAUGUGCAGAUAUUUCUUCUAAGUUGAUUAAAGUUGUUUUAGAACUAUCAAGCACCUCAAAGAUCUGACCGACUGUACUGCGCAAGCCUGCCUGCCAUGGGCUGUCGGGAUGUCCACGCGGCCACAGUCCUCUCCUUCCUGUGUGGAAUCGCCUCGGUAGCGGGCCUCUUUGCGGGGACGCUGCUUCCCAACUGGAGAAAAUUACGACUGAUCACAUUCAACAGAAACGAGAAGAACCUGACUGUUUACACAGGCCUGUGGGUGAAGUGUGCCCGCUAUGAUGGGAGCAGCGACUGCCUGAUGUACGACACUACUUGGUACUCGUCAGUUGACCAGCUGGACCUGCGGGUCCUCCAGUUUGCCCUGCCCCUCAGCAUCCUGAUCGCAAUGGGUGCCCUGCUGCUGUGCCUGAUCGGAAUGUGUAACACGGCUUUCCGGUCCUCCGUGCCCAACAUCAAACUGGCCAAGUGCCUGGUCAACAGUGCAGGCUGCCACCUGGUGGCCGGGCUGCUGUUUUUCCUGGCAGGCACCGUGAGCCUCUCUCCGUCCAUCUGGGUCUUCUUUUACAACACCCACCUGAACAGGAAGUUCGAGCCAGUCUUUACAUUUGACUACGCAGUGUAUGUCACAAUCGCUAGUGCGGGGGGCUUAUUUAUGACUUCCCUUCUACUGUUUGUUUGGUAUUGUGCAUGCAAAUCUCUGCCUUCUCCCUUCUGGCAGCCACUGUACUCCCAUCCUCCCAGUAUGCAUGCCUACUCACAGCCCUACUCGGCACGCUCCCGCCUCUCUGCCAUUGAAAUCGACAUUCCAGUAGUUUCACACAGCAACUAAUGGAGAAAGAGUUGUUAAAGAAAACCUUUGGGCUCACAUUUCCCUUUUACAAGGAGCUGUCUUGGACCAAUGUACAUUUUCCUUUGUUUCUGACCAGUCUAUGAAGCCAAAUGUGUAUGGUAGAAUGAAGUGCUGCUAGCUUUAUGAAACGUGCAUUAUUUUAAAUGUGAAUCGUUCAUCUUCUUAUGCUACGGGGAUUUUUAACCUCCACAGUGAUGUCUGAUCAGUAAUUCAAGUGGAAAGGACCUGUGUCUCAAUUGAGGUGAUUUAGAGCAACAUGGUAGUGUAAAAAGUGAUGGCUGGGAGAAGCUGCUGCAUAUGGUCUUGAUGAAUAUUUCAGAGUGUGUAUUGUCCUUUUUCUUGAAUACCUUAAGCCAGUAAAAAAGGGGGGGGGCAAUUUCAGAUAUAAGAGAUUUUUUCAGGUAAGGGGAGUUAAUAUCUUUACAGUAGUCAGCCUACCAGCCUAAGGCUGUGACUUCCCUUAGUUCUCUCUUGGGGCUAACUGCAUUGGAUAGAGUUCAGUGUUUUGAAGAGUCCUUUCUUUUGUGAGUUCCUUAUCUUCUACCUCAUGCCAGAGUUUAAAAAUAAAAUACAUUUUAAGUGAUAUCAGAGAAAAUAAGCCAAACAUUUAAAAUAUCUAUUAGUAUGGAUAACACUGAACAAUUUUAAGAGUUAAUGAUUCUAUAAAUUAUAUUCUUGUAGUUAAAAUGUGCCAUGAGAUGGAUUGGUGCUUCCUCUGAGGCAGAAAACAUUUUUUACAGAUAUCAGCCACUAAGUGGUACUAAUACCCAUGUAUAACCUCUUAGUUACUAAGAGAAAAAAAAUAAAGAGGCCCAAGUGGUUUAUUAUCUUUUAGGCAGUGUCAGGGGACAAGCAUCUGUCUUCAGUGACAAACAUCAGAAGUUCACUCUCAUGACUGCCUUUGAGUAUGGUUAAAGUAAGGUAUAGCUUCUCCAUGACCACAUUCACUCCCGACUCAGUUCCUGCCCCUCAUCAAGUACGUCCUUGAGCAUAUGUCUUUGCGCAACACUUCAGUAGGUGCGAGAGAGGAUACAUGAAAAGUAUGAGACCUUGUCCCAUUCUCUAAGACAUUUUGAUAGAGAAGGUCAAAAUAUUAUCAGACAAUUAGGGAACAGUAGGACUUUGUUGGUAGCUGGUCUUAACUCCUCAAUUGUUGAUCCAGGAAUAUACUGCAGCUAGAGAGGUGGCUUUCUGGUAGACAAGCUUGUACAAUGCCGGGAGUAUUCUGGAACCUAGACAUUUCAAUUCGUUGGAUCCUUUAGAGCGCCUAUCUUAGCCUAGACACUGUAAUAACACUAUACAAGAUUCAUGAGAAUGGGCGGAAGCAGUAGAGAAAUUAAAUGUUUACUUUUCACUUCUGAAAGUAUGGUGAUGUAUUGAAGAAGGAGGAGUAUUUAAAAUCUCUUCAAAUGGGCUAAUGUUUAGAUGAAACCAUGUUAACACUGAGAUGAAUGCUUAGAAAUUCAGGGAUAUUGGGUCUUUACCCUUGUGAACUUGAGCUGCUUACUUAAUUGGUGUAUUCUGCUACACAUCAGUACUGUGUUCAUAAGGAUUUUGUUCUAUUAACCAUUAACCAUUACUGAACUGUUUUAACAUUUCACAAACAGCUAGUUUGCAUGGUAAACAGAUUCUUGUGCCUCUUUGCAAAUCUGAAUAUGAUACUAAUAUGAUUCUAGUACUUCUGUGGAUGUAAGCGAUACUUUCUAAUUCCAACACUAGUUUAUGUAUAUAGCAAAUAAAUCCAGGCCUGUAAUUUCUACGUGCCAUCAGGAGAACGCAUGCACGCCUAUGGGCUUUUAGUUAUAGCUCCUGAUUUCCUUCAGUCUGUUCCUUCGAACUCGCCUCUGAUCGAGCUGCGUUUUGAUCAUUUCAAGACAAUGGUGGUAGAAUUUUGAGAUUAAUACUAAUUUCCCUCUUUGCUAAUUAAUUUCAUUCCCUUCACUAACUUUGUCCAGAAGUGUCAAGAAGUCCACCAUCCCCUGGUCUUUGUAUAAACAAUGUUAAAGAAAAGUAGACUCGACCAUUAAUAUAUCAGACUGUUUUUAGUCCAGGGGAUCAUAAAUAUAAGUGUUAACCUUUUCCUACAAGAAUGUUUCGGAUUCUUUUCAUAAUCUGUAGCCUUAAAUCGGUAUUUAUUAUAGAGUCACUAGACAAAUGAAACAGCUGUUUCCCUUUUUGUCUUUAAUAUUUCAGAUUUGCCAUCAGUAGCUAUUCCUCAAAGCCAUCCAAGGAAAGCAAGUAUUUAUGAUUCUUUUUUGUAAUUUUCGAGUGCUCAUCAGGCUCUCCCUGUGACAGGGGAUCUAUUUUGUUACAAGCUAUCAACGUUAAGGGCCUUUUGCAGAAGCCAGCUCGAAAAGCACCUUGAACGUGGUGUGAUGCGCCAGCUUUGGUUUGCCCAGCCAUGGGGAGAGCCCUAAGUGUACUUCACUUGUAAAUGUUCGCUGGGUAGAGGACACGUUCGCUGUGAGCUGCAGUGGAAAGCCUCGGGAAACUGCA